CCACGACUAUUACCAGUAUUACUUGCACAUUAUCAAAGUCAUUGUCAUUGAUUAUCAUCAUUAUCACCAACACGCAGUAUUAAAUUACUUGUAGACAGUAAAUAUCAAAAUAAAACUGACUUGUCUGUCUACUGGGUGAUAAUCUAUUCAGAGAAUUCAACUGACAGCAAAUUGUAAAAUGAUUGAAUUUAUUGAUUGAAGUUUUUUGUAAGUAAUUGAAGAAUUGUAACAAUCACCGGUUUAUUUAUAAUUGACACCUAAAUUUUGGUAAAAAAAAAUACGAAAUACAAAAUGCUGGACAACGACAAGGAUAAAUGUAUGAAGCAGCUUAAAAAAAAAAUGGAAUGUUGGAGAGAAAUUAUUUUGCCAUUAAAUUCAAUUCUUCUGUGGGAAAAAUCUUGGUAUCCUGGUCUUAUAUUUGGUGCUACAUCGCUAAUAUUUUUUAUGAUUUGGAUGAUGGAACCCGCGUUCUUGACGAUAGUGUCAAUGACUUUAUUAUUACUGGCCUUGGCUGAUUACUUGGUGCCGAUCGUUGCCUCGACUUUUAUUUCCUCUAGUGCUUGGAAUGGGCAGAAGGAACGUAAACUAGAUGAAAUUUGUCAAAGUGUCAGCGAAAUUUUGUUACAAGCUCAAACUAUUUGGAAAUUUAUCCUUAACGCUCGUAGCAAUCGUCCUAAUUUCUACUACGGAUCAAUAACUUUAUGCCUGAGUCUCUUGGCAUGGAUAGGAAAUGUCGUUAAUAAUUUACUACUUAUUUAUUUAACACUGGUGGUAAUUUUACUAUUGCCAGGACUUCGACACAAAGGACGAGCCCAGUCAACUUUUAAAUCACUAUACAAUCAACUGAUGAAUCGCAAUAUUAAGCAAGCGUAAUUAAUUAUUAUUAAUUAAGAACUUUAUACAUUUUUUUUUGUCUCAAACGCUUUUGCAAAUAUUAUUUUAUAAUUAAUAAUUAUUACGUAGACUUACGUAAUGUUACUUAAGUACUUAAAGCUUUAGUCAUUAUAAUAAUAAUAGUCUAUACUUAAUCAUGUAUUUUUGGUUACGUGUCUAAAUAUCAGUCAUAAUAUCACAUGAUAAAAUAUCACAUGCCGAAAUAAAAUAUACUAAAUUAUCACUUCCUUAAAUAUUGCAAUGUUUCAAUAUCAUAUGAAAAAAUAUUAUAUUUAUUAAUAUAAAAUAUAUACUGGCCAUCAAAUAUCAGUAUGUACAGGAUUUUCAUGUUUUUUUUACGCAUGAUAUUACUACGCUGUGAAAUUUCAGCGCAUGAUAUUCUAAUAAGACGUAAAAUAUUUUUUUGAGUAAUAUUUUGACAUUGAUAUUUUUUCGUGUGAUAUUUGGUCGUGACACCGAGGUUACAUGUCUAAAUAUCAGUCAUAAUAUCACACGAAAAAAUAUAUAAUAAAUUAUCGCUUCCUUAAAUAUCGCAAUGUUUCAAUAUCAUGUAAAAAAAAAUAUUAUAUUUAUUAACAUAAAAUAUACCAGCCAUUAAAUAUCUGUAUCUACACGAUUUUCAUAAUUUUUUUUACGCAUGAUAUUACUACGCUGUGAAAUUCGUUCGCAUGAUAUUCUGAUAAGACGUAAGAUAUUUUCCUAUAAGAUAUUUUUUUGUGUAAUAUUUUGGCAUUGAUAUUUUUCUGUGUGAUAUUUAGUCGUGACACCGAGGUUACAUGUCUAAAUAUCGCACAACAAAAUAUCACAUGUCAAAGCAUCAUAUAAUAAAUUAUCUCUUCCUCAAAUAUCGCAAUGUUUCAAUAUCAUAUCAAAAAAUAUUAUAUUUAUUAAUAUAAAAUAUACCAGUCAUUAAAUAUCUGUAUCUACACGAUUUUCAAAAUUUUUUUACGCACGAUAUUACUAUGCUGUGAAAUUCGGUCGCAUGAUAUUUUUAUAAGACGUAAGAUAUUUUCUAUAAUGAUAUUUUUUUAUGUAAUAUCUUGGCAUUGAGAUUUAGUCGUGACACCAUGUUGGUUACAUGUCUAUACAUCAUAGUCAAUAUCACACGUCUAAUUAUCACUUCCUCAAAUAUCGCAAUGUUUCAAUAUCAUAAAAAAAUAUUACAUAUUUUAUGAUAUUACUACGCUGCGAAAUUCGGGCUCAUAAUAUUCUAAUUAAACGUAACAUAUUUUCUUACAUGAUAUUUUUUUGUGUGAUAUUAUGAGUGAUAUUUAGUCCUGACCGUAAUUUAUAUUUUAUAAACAUUCAAAGUCAUUUAACAUUUAUCGAUUAUUAAAUUCUUUUGAUCUUUUUAUCAUCUAGCACUCACUCAUUAAAUAUAAUGUAUCGAUACUAUUUUAAAUAUUAAAAUAUAUAUUUUAGACUAUUUGACUUUGUAAUCAAAAUAAAAAAAGAAAAAAAAAUUAAAAUAAUAAUUAAUGACGUAAGGCAAUCAGGAAUUACUUUAAGUCAUAAUCUAUCAGACUGAAACAUCCUUGCCCAGCAAGAUAAUUAUCUACUAAUUGAAGUUUAUAUUUUUAUCUUUUAUUGAUAUCAGUUGAUAUUUUAAAUAUAAUAAUCAUCUUUCAUUAUAUAAAUAACGAUAUUUAUUUAUUAAUUAAUUAUUAAUAAACUGACGUU